UUUUUCUCAACUGUUUACUUAGUACUUUUUCAGAGUCAGCUACCAUUUGGGACUUAAAUCACUUAAAUCAUGAACUUUUAAAACAUGAGUAUAUGGAGCCACCGCAACCUUUGGGGGUAAGCAGGGAAGGUGUUUAUUAUUCCUGGAGAGAAAGAGCCUGAGGAUCCUGAGAUCACCAUGUCCUUCAAAGAGAAAGAACACUUGGAUUUGGAAACCUCUGAGUCUUUCACGGACAAGAAGGCUGGUUAUCAGGAAACUGCUUGGUCCUCAAGGGAAAAUGAGAAGGAAUACAACACACCAAAAUUCACAUCUCUGCAACUGGUUGAGAAUGUUGAAUAUGAAUUUCUAGCAACUAUUGAGUAUUUACAGGAUGAACAGAGAUAUGAGGAGUCAGAUGAUUUUUUACACUUAGGAAAAGAGGAAUAUCUAGAAUCUGUUGGGUACUCUGAAGAUGGAGACAGCCCCGUGGAAGAGGAUGCUUAUGAUGACCCAGAGUGCAUUAUCUAUGACAGCAAAGAGGACUCCUUGUAUUCUGAAACCAUGGAGUUCUCUGAUGAAGAACAGAAUUAUGGGGAUUCAGAAACUGGCAUGUCAUUGGAGGAGGAAGAGGAGAAAAGUAUGGAAGAAAGAAAAAAGUGUUUAAAGAUGUCCUGUCCUGUUUAAACCCAGAUACAAGCAGAAAGCUUCUGCCAGAUUUCGUUAAACAAUUCUUCUUAGACCGAGGAUGUAGGUGGGUGACUGAGACUCCAGGUGACUUAGCCUGGAACUUCCUGAUGAAACUUCAAGCACUGGAUAUGACAGUCAGAGAUUCAAUCCUCAGGCACAAGGUUCUGGGUGAAGAUAGCAAAGGGGAAUUUUUGACUGAAGUAGAGAAUUUGGAAAUUAGAGAAACAGAAACCAUUAAUCCCCUUGAUGUCCUUUGUGCCUCUAUGCUGUAUUCAGAUAGCUCUUUGCAACGUGAAGUCAUGUCAAACAUGUAUCAGUGCCAGUUUGCCCUUCCCUGCUACUGCCAGAUGCAGAAAAGAACAAAAGCAUUUUAAUGCUGGGGGCCAUGAAGGACAUUGUGAAGGAGCAGUCAACGCAGUCUUCAGGAAGGCCUACAGGGGAUACAGAAAAUUUCUGACUCUCAUGAAGAUGCCUGUCAUCUCUUUUGUGCGUCUCGGAUACUGUAGCUUCUCCAAGUCCAGAAUCCUCAACACACUGCUCAGCCCUGGCCACCUGAAAUCACACAAGAUCUUUCUCCAUCAGGAUUUGCCUGUUCUGGUGCUUCCCCAGCAGAUCUCUGAUGGCCUGGUUGAGGUAACAUGGAGUUUUCCUGAUAGUGAUGGUCUAAAGGAAAACCCCAGUUUUUUCCAGAAAGCUGUUGCUGUGGCCAACCUUCGUGGGGAUCUAGAAAGUUUUUGGACACAGUUUGGUUUCUUGAUGGAAGUUUCCUCAGCUGUGUUUUUUUUCAUUGACUGCCUAGGUGAGAAGGAAUGGGACUUGCUAAUGUUUUUAGGGGAAGCUGCCAUUGAAAGAUGCUACUUUGUCCUCAGUCCCCAGGCCAGGGAGAAUGAGGAGGCUCAGAUUUUCCAGAGGAUCCUGAAGUUGAAGCCAUCACAACUACUGUUUUGGGAGGAGGAGGAAGCUGGAGAGAGAGGGAGGAACAUGGAGGGUCUUCAAGCUGCCCUGAAAGAAGUGAUGUCCUCUUCACUCAGAUGUGUGUCUGUGGAGGACAUUGCACCCCUGGCCAGGGAGUUGGGGAUACAGAUAGACCACGACUUUGAGAACAUGCAGGGGAUUCAAGUUUCCCCUACUGAAAACUUGGCUGGAACAGCUGAAGAUGAGGGACCACAAAGACACAGUCAGCCAAACAACUCAUCU